CCUAAAUAUUCAAACACAUUUCCGUGCAAAGCUUCAAAUUUUGGAGCAGAAAAUGGAGAAAGGACAGCUGAAAGCCUACAAAGCUCACUGCUUGAUCUUACCCUAUCCGAGCCAAGGCCACAUUAAUCCGAUGCUCCAAUUUGCCAAGCUUCUAGAUCACAAAGAAGUGAGAGUCACACUCGUAACGACUCGCUUUCUCUACAAGACAAUGCACAGCUCAGGAUCAAGUUGCGCAGCUUGGGAGACCAUCUCCGACGGCUUCGAUGAAACUGGGAAAGGGGACACAAAAAUAGACAUCUAUUUGGAGAGGUUCCGGCAAGUGGGGUCAAAACAUUUGGGCAAGCUUCUUGAGAAGCUUUCGAAUUCAGGGUCCCCCGUGGAUUGUGUUGUCUAUGAUGCAUUCAUGCCUUGGCCUUUGGAUGUUGCCAAGAAGCUUGGAAUAGCGGGGGCAGUUUUCUUCACUCAGUCUUGUGCCGUUGACAAUGUCUACUACCAUGUCCACAGAGGGCUGUUGAAGCUUCCUCUUGCUGAUGGUCAGUCUCAAAUUUCACUUCCUGGGUUGCCAGCGCUUGGUCCUUUGGACUUGCCAUCGUUUGUUUCGGAUUGUGGAUCUUACCCAGCUGCCUACAGAGUGCUUGUGGGUCAGUUCUCGAAUGUCGACAAAGCUGAUUGGGUCCUGUGCAACACGUUUUAUGACUUGGAAGUACAAGUGGUGGAUUGGAUGGCUAAGCUUUGGCGAUUGAGGACCGUUGGACCAACUAUACCGUCCAACUACUUGAAUAAGCGACUCAAAGAUGACAAAGAAUACAGUGUCAACCUCUUCAAAUCAGACAAUGAUGCAUGCAUAAAAUGGCUAAACGAGAGGCCAAAAGGUUCCGUAGCUUAUGUAUCGUUUGGCAGCCUAGCAGAACUCGAAGAUGAACAAAUGGAGGAGCUGGCUUGGGGCUUGAGGAGGAGCAAAAGUAGUUUCUUAUGGGUGGUUAGAGAAUCAGAAGCAACCAAGGUCCCAAAAGGGUUUAUCGAGGAGACAUCUGAGAAGGGUUUAGUGGUUUCGUGGUGCCCCCAAAUGGAAGUUUUGGCUCACAAGGCGGUUGGAUGCUUCGUCACACAUUGCGGUUGGAACUCGACUUUGGAGGCAUUGAGUUUGGGGGUUCCGAUGGUGGCAUUGCCACAGUGGAGUGACCAGCGUACAAAUGCCAAGUACAUUAUGGAUGUGUGGGAAGUAGGGGUUAGAGCUCCAACUGAUGAGAAGGGGGUUGUAAGACAAGUGGUAGUAAAACAAUGUAUAAGUGAAGUAAUGGAGGGGGAGAGAGGGAAGGAAAUACAGAAGAACGCUGCGAAAUGGAAAGAAUUGGCCCGUAAAGCUGUGGAUGAAGGCGGAAGCUCUGACAAAAACAUUGACGAGUUUAUUGCAAAACUGCAGACCCAAAGCUAGUGAUGAAACCUAACCCCUGUCCCCAUCUUUUCCUUGUAUUUUUGUUGUUUUUGUUUCUAGAAUAGUAAAGUUUAUGCCUUCUCUUCUUUAUGCAUUUUUUUUUAUCAUUUUUUCUUGUAUUAUGAGGAGUUUGGUUUAUAUCCUCCUGCUUAAGUGUA